GGAAGGUUCUUCCCCCGGACGUUUUGGCGUCACAGUGUCAGGCAGAACUUCGGGGAACUGGAGCCUCCCGUAGGGAUGGAGAAAAGAGCGAGCUGCCCCAGGGUAAACAUGGAGUAGACAGAGUUGGAUUUCAUCAAGAUUAGUGGCUUUGCAAGAUGAUGAUUCAUGGUGAUGGCUUGCAGGGUCAUAAACAAAAGAAGGCACGUGGGACUUCAACAGCUUUCAUCGUUUGCAGAAACAGGAAGAACUUUCCUAGGCCCAGUAAAAUCACCCAAAUUUAUUAUAGGUGAAGAGUGUCAUGAAAGUGUGUUAAUCAGUUCAACAGUAAGGCUUCUUGAAAGUUUGGAUUUAACCAGUGCAGUGGGACAACUUCUCAGAGAAGCAGUUCAAGCACAAAAUAACACAUACAGAACUGGAACCAGUACUCUUUUGUUUCUUGUUGGUGCAUGGAGCAGUGCUGCUGAAGAAUGUCUUCAUUUGGGUGUCCCCAUUUCAUUAAUAGUGUCUGUAAUGUCAGAAGGCUUGAAUUCAUGCAUUGAAGAGGUAGUUUCCCUUCAAGUACCUGUCCACAAUGUAUUUGACCGUAUGGUUAACACAAAGACAUUUUCUGGACCUGAAACAUUUAGUGUCGGCGUAUGCCCUUUUCUCCACAUCCCUUCAGGUACUGGUUUGAUACAGAAAGAGCGUGAUCUCAAAGAUGUUGCCUCUCAGUCACUGGCCAUUUACAGUCUUUCUGGGAGACCUGUUAAAUCACCUCAACUCUUUAGGUCUCAGGAUAAGGUUGAAGCAGAUGAAAACACAUCACAAACUCCUCAAACUCUGAAAAACAGUCUGCUUGCAGACACCCGCUGCAGAAAGUCAGUACUAACCCACAGUAGACAUUUUAGUAGGACAGGUAAUAAUCAAUGGAUAAGCAAACCAGACGGAGUUCUAGAACAACUUAGUGCAGCUACUCCCAAGACUUACAGAUGUGAUGAUUUGGUGGAGUUGGAGGCGGGUUUGAGUCACGGAGGUCACAGCAGCAUGAAGUUAGUAGACGAAGCAGUACGGCUACAAUAUCAGAACGCAGGUAUGCAACAAGGCAGCUGUACAGUGCCAUUUCUUUUUGACAUUUCAAGAAUCUUCACUUGCUGCUUACCAGGCUUCCCUGAAACUUUUUCUUGUGUCUGUCCAGGAUAUAUCACUGUUGUAUCAAUAUCUAGUGCUGCUCUGAUCAAGGAAUUGCAGAAUCAGCCUAUUCGGGUUGUUCUUGUUGAAGGUGAUCUCACAGAGAAUUAUCGCCACCUGGGAUUUAAUAAGUCUGCAAGUAUUAAAACAGUAUCAGAAAGCUUGAAGUUUCAACAAGAUGGCUCAGAAGAACUGUGGACAGAUCAUGUGUUACAGGUAUUAAUCAAGUUCAAUGUGAACCUUGUCCUGGCACAAGGAAAUGUGUCUGAACGCUUAAUUGAAAAAUGCACAGACAGCAAGAGGUUGGUAAUUGGAUCAAUGAAUGGCAAUGUAAUGCAGGCUUUUGCAGAGGCUUCAGGAGCAGCGCAGGUGACCUACAUUACACAAGUGAACGAGAACUGCGUGGGCAGUGGGGUCUGUGUGACCACCUGGAGAAGCAUUCCCUUUGAUGCUGCAGAUGAGAUCAACAGAAUGGCAAUCAUGUUAAAAACAGAAGGAAUUAAUUUGGUUACAGUAGUGCUGACUAGUCCAGUCACUGCCCAGGUGCAAACCAAAGAAGAUACCUUCUGGACGUGUGCCUAUCGUCUGUAUCAUGCUCUAAAAGAGCAAAAGGUCUUCCUUGGGGGUGGCGCAGUUGAAUUUUUGUGUCUUAGCCAUCUUCAGAUUCUUGCGGAGCAGUCUGUGAAUAAAGGAAACCAAGGCUGUUCAGGAUGGCUUCAUAAUACUUCCUCUUGGCUGGCCUCAUCUGUGCCACAGUACAGACCGACUGUGCUUAAACUCCUGGCAAAUGGAUGGCGCAGAUACCUUUCAACUCUCCUGUGUAACACUGCCAGUUACUCAUCAGAAUUUGAAGCCGGCACAUUCAUUCAACAUCAUCUACAAAAUGCUACAGACUCUGGCUCUCCUUCAUCUUACGUCUUGAAUGAAUAUAGUAAACUAAAUAGUGGGAUUUUAAAUUCAGACAUUUCAGAUAAACUGGAACAGAUUCCAAGAGUUUAUGACGUUGUUACACCAAAGACUGAGGCAUGGCGCCGAGCUUUGGAUUUAGUACUGUUAGUUCUUCAGACAGACAGUGAAAUUAUCACUGGACUUGAACAAACGCAGAUAAAUUCGCAGGAAUCAGAGGGCUUUUUAUUUUUGUAGUGUU